AGUUCCGCUCUCCAGUCCCACCUCAGCCAAUCCCCAUCGCUAUUCCUCCAUUCCGGAGAAGGCUGUCCGGGCAAAGUUCCGCCCUCACAGGGAUACAGCCAGUCAAUCAAUCAGGAAGGCGAGCAAGCCUGGGCGGUCGGAGGUUGCCGACUGUUGAGGGCAAGGGAGGAGGGGAACGACGGUCUAGUUCUCAGUACAGGCGGACGCUGAAGGACAAGACAAGAGAGUGCAUUGUGUUGCUAGUGGAGAUUGCUUACCUAGAUGAAGCAUCUGACACCCCUCACCCUUCUCGCCUGUGGCUCUUUUAAUCCCAUAACAAAUAUGCAUAUGCGACUGUUUGAAGUGGCAAGAGAUCAUCUUCAUCAAACAGGAAAGUACCGAGUGAUUGGAGGUAUAAUUUCACCAGUUAGUGAUGACUAUGGAAAGCAAGGAUUGGUGGAAGCGAGACAUCGGAUUGCCAUGGCUCAGCUUGCAUUGGAGACCUCCGACUGGAUCAGAGUGGAUCGUUGGGAGAGUGAGCAAAGACAAUGGAGUGAGACAGUAAUAGUUCUCAGGCACCAUUACAAAGAACUGCUUAAAUCACACCGUAUCAGAAAACUGCCCAGGGAAAACAAUUGGCCCAUAGAAAAAGCUGCUGGAGCAUCAUCACUCACAGGUCCUGUGAGAUAUGUCUCAGGCUGUGGUCUGAAGGCACAUGAGGCCAGUAACCUGUUGAAGCUAAGCAGGGUCAGGACUGGUCAGUGCCUGGAUGGGAGACCGCCUGGGAACCAUAUGUAAGCCACCUUGGGUUUCUAUCAUGAAAAGAAAGGUGGGGUAUAAAUGUAAUAAAUAAAUAUUUACAAGGUCUGCUGUCAGUUUAAUACUCUUUCAGCUUCUGUGUAGCUUAUUUUAGAAGGUCUUCACAUCUCUGAUAAGGGUCACUGAAUUUAGCAUCACAUACAGAGUAGUCUUUUCUUUUUUAUAAGAGACCCUUGAUCUUUAUUUCAUUUCCAAUUAAUCUUGCGUGGGUAAUCUGGUUGCUUUCUUACCUGUUUUGGUUUGAGAGCUUUGACUCUUGAUGAGAUUGUGUAAACUGUUAAAUGUAGCUGCUUCCUUUGUGCUGGUGGCAUUCUCCUUUAGCUAACUCAGUUUUCCUUUCUGGCAUGGUCUUAUGGAGUAUUACACCUUUUUUGCCACCAGUAUUGACUUAGAUAUUCCACUUAAAAGCUUACAAAAAUAAAGGCUCAGGUAUGCAACAGAAACUGAAUCACUGUUAUAGGCAUCUCAGUUUAGAGAAACCAUUAUUGGUUGUGAAACUGCAAGAUCAUUAUUUAACAUUAGCACUCAAAAGUCCAUGGACAUUAUAUUCCUGCUUUUCUUCCCUCUAGAUUUGAUGCUAUCAGUAACCUUCUUUAAAAAGCCAUUUAGUUGUUCAAUUCUGGUUUUGUUUCAAGAUUUGAUGUAUUGUUUAAGAGUCUUAUGCUCUUCUCAAUAUAUUUUUUUUACAUGACUUUUUAAUGUCAGGGAUGGUUGAUGAUAGUGUGCUGCAUGUAGCUUGACCAUGUUGGCAUUUGAUGUCACUUGUCAAGGGCAUGCUUGUGUCUUUAUUCAGAGGAAACCUGCUAGAUACAUUUCCAUCAAAAAGCUUCAGAAUACUCAGACACACAAACACACACAAAUUUGGAUUUUUCCAGCUUUUAAAAUAAAUAUAUUUAUACACGCACAUUCACGCAUAAAUACAUACAUAUAGUGUGUGUGUGUGUGUGUGUGUGUGUGUGUGUGUGUGUGUGUGUGUGUGUGUGUGUGUGUGUGUGUGUGUGUGUGUGUGUGUGUGUGUGUGUGUGUGUGUGUGAUCUUCCUGCUAGAUCAGGUCAGAGGUCCAUCUCAUUUCCCCUAGUGGCCAACCAGAUGCCUAUGGGAAGCUCACAAGCAGCAUCUGAGGGCAACAGUACUCUUCCCACUUGUGAUUCCAAUGUAGGGGGCAGACAUCUUUUUUUCUUUUCUUUUUUUGUGCAGUGUCCCUGUAAGCCUGCCAGGGACAUUGCAUGGAAAAAAGAAAGAUGCUUCAAUAAGUAUAUGGGGUCGGCCAUCUUUUUCUCUUUUUCUUCUACCCAGGAAGUGAUGGCACAUCAUAAUGUACUGAUACUUCCAGGGGCUUUUUACUCAAAACAUUUCAACAAGUAUGGCUUGCACUGUACUCCAAUCACCUAGCAAUGACUUUUCUUUUUAAAAGAAUGAAAAAGAGUCAGAAAACCCUCAACCAUCUUGUAAAAAAACACAAACCUAAGUAGGAGCAGACCACGCUCAGAUAGGUGUGUAGACAUACAGUCUAAUCCACAUCUUUCCAAUCCAACAAUGAUUUGUCAGAUGCAAACCAAACCAAACUUCUCCCGCAUUCCUAAUAUUCACUGAAAUGAUAUCUGGGAGCAUACUAGCUGUAGUUUCAAUUCAGGAGGCAGAAGGAAACCUCAAAUUCCAUAUUCUGUACCAAGAAAGGAGGCUCAUGGAAAGUCAUCUUCUGUCCCUAGUAAGCCCUGCCCACUACCACUAACCAAAUCCUGUUUCUCAAAAGGUAAGGAUGUUUUUUAAUGUGAAAUAGGGAGAGAUAUUAGGGGAACGUGUGUGUGUGUGUGUGUGUGUGUGUUUUCCCCAGUUCUGGGGUUGCUGUUUUUGAGCUCUUCUGCAAGCACAUAAAAGAUUCAAGGUCUUUUUCUAGCACUUACAAGGAAAUAUUACAAAAGCAAAUAAAAAUUGAGGCAGCUUUCCCAUUGCUAAGUACAAGCAAUGACAGAAAGCAGAAGCAUAAGUGUACUUUUCCAAAGCAUUUUAAUUUAAGUUAACCUGAUUUUCAUAUAUGUUGUACUGAUUUUAGAUUGUUCUUAUUUUAUAUGUUCUUAUUGUAUUAUAUUGUGUAUUUUAUUGUAUUCUCUGUGUUCACCGCCCAGAGAGCUAUUGCUAGUCGGGCGGUAUAAAAGUCUAAUAAAUAAUAAUAAUACUUGUACAUGUACUUUUUAGUACUUUGUGUGAUAUGAAAAGCAGCUCUGAGAAGUGUGUUAGAAAGCUGCCUAAUACAGAGCCAGAAAAUUUAUCUUUUCUACUAGAGAUAUAGUUCAUAGUUUGGUGCCAAUUCAGUUGUCAUUUUGACCAACUGGCAGCUGGUAACAGACCUCUGUAAUUAGCACUUCGUUAUCUUCUGUUUUUCCCCUUUCCUCCUUUUCCAUUGCCAAAAAAUAACAUCAUUGUUUUUUCUAAUAAUGGCCUGCAUUUUUUUUAUUCAGAAGUAAAUGGGCUAGGUAACUGCCCAUCAAGUAGAUAUCUUGCCUUGGGGUUUUUGUCUGCCUGAGGAGAAGAGGCAAAAAUUCCCCCCUCCCAUGCAAUUAAAUGAGGCUUGUUAAGUUGAU